AUGACGAAGGCUGAUGACGCGCUUCAAACCCUGGUUCGAGCUGGUUCGGAUGCGGGGAACAACGUCCACCAUUUCCCUCUGACACUUGGGCCUGCGAUCAUCUGCCAAACAUUGGCCAUCCGUACUAUGGAAGACCAAGACCUCACCCAGAUUAGCUGGAGAGACCCAGCCUUCCUGCAGCAUUUUGGCCUUGGCGAACACAAUGUCAUGGAUUACUUUGCAUUGAGUGAAUUCUACGACAAGUCUUCAAUUAACGAGCAACUGCGAAUGCAGGCGAGAUUUAACGAACUGCAAACUAGUCAAUUGGAUAAGCGACAGAUGACGGGAAUCGACUAUGAGCUUUUAUACGCGAUUGUGAAUGUGCAACCAAGCUUGUUUGUCAUAACCAAGGGAAUGCGCAGGAGUCCUAAUAAUGUUGACCUGUUGGCCGCAUACUACAUUCUGGACGGCACCGUAUACCAGACUCCAGAUCUCCACACUCUUGUAUCUAACAGAAUACUGACAUCCCUUCACCACGUUCAAAAACUCUUCGAUGGUGCGCUAGCCGAUUCACGAUAUCAUCCCGCAUUGGGACAUUACUGGAAGGAAGAUGAAGCUCUCUACGUUACAGAUAAAGAAGCAUCAGCUCAUGACAGGAAGCGGAAACAGCAGUUUGCUACGGGUUUAGACGCACUUAUAGCGGAUUCCGUGCAGAGCAGCCUGGAUGUGGUUGCGUCCUGGGAGGAGGACAAUAAUCAGGGAGUGUCCACGGUGGAGACAGGCGAGAAGGUGGAGCCGGCUGUAUCUACAGGGUAGCGUCACAGCAAAAGGUACCAGUCGCCACUAGAACCUGUGGAUAUUUGAUCAUCUUGCAAUAAAUUAUAUAUUUCCGCCUCAAGUAGCUAAGUAAAAUAGUGACGAGUUACAUGGAUAACAACUUAAAUAUUCCCUGUAAUGAGACCUCAUCGUUCU